AUGGAAAGCCCCCACGAGCACCAGCAGUCGGUGCUGCUGUCCCGCAUCAUCACCAAUGUGGAAAAAUUGAAUGAAGCUGUUAUGGUGAUGAACAAGGGUCUACAGGAGGUCAAUAUCCAAAACAUGAAUGUUGAACUGGUUGCCCAGAUGUUCAAGAACUACCAAUCGAAUGUGCUGUUCCACCUUGAGGCCACGGAUAACCUGAAGAACCCAACUUAG